AUGGAUCCGCAAAAUGUAGUAGCACAACUUCAUAUCGCUGCGCAAUUGAAAAACGCUUAUGAUUUCGGUGAAGGAUCACGUUUUCGAGAACGGGAUGAUGCAUUCGACUUGCCCGAAUGUCAGUUCGUUAAACUAUUCAGGUUGAAAAAAGAAACGGCAGAACGAGUAAUUAAUAUUGUAGUUGAAAAUUCUACAGAACCGUCACGUUCUUCAGCUUUGGACACAACUGUUCAAGUUUUAACUGCAUUACGGUUUUAUGCAUCCGAAAGUUAUCAAAAUUGCAUUGGAAGCAAUGUUAAUAUGGCAAAAAGUCAACCCUCCGUCAGUAGAUGCAUUCACAAUGUAACAAAUAUUUUGAAUUUACCACAAAUUUUCGACAGUUGGAUACAUUUCCCACGGAACAUAGGGGAGGCAGAACAGUUGCGUAACAGAUUUUGGGUGGAACACCGCUUUCCUGGAGUAAUUUGUUGCAUAGAUUGUACACAUGUAGCGAUUUUCCCACCUUCAAAAGAUGACCAACAAUUUCCGGAACAUAUUUACGUUAAUAGAAAAGGAUAUCACUCGAGUAACGUCCAGUUGAUAUGUGAUCCAGAUCUGAAAAUAAUAAAUGUAAAUGGCCGAUAUUCUGGAAGCACUCAUGAUUCUUAUAUUUGGAACAACAGUAAUGUUCUCCCUGUAAUGCAAGAAAUGUACAAUCGGGGACGCAGCUUCUUCUUGUUAGGUGACUCCGGUUAUGCACUAAGACCGUGGAUGAUGACUCCGGUUGGAGGCGAUGAAGACGAUGUGGCAGUACAGAGAUACAACUCCCGGCAAAGAUGUACAAGAUCACUUAUUGAACGAUGCAACGGACUUUGGAAAAUGAGAUUUCGUUGCUUGUUGAAGCACAGAGUACUGCAUUACCAGCCAGACGUGUGCUCGAAGAUCAUUAAUGCAUGCGCAGUGUGGCACAACAUGUGUAUUCAGGACAACUGUAGACCUGACCCAGAAGAGGAAGAGGAAGAGCUAGACUUCGACAUAUACAAAAUUAAUCCGACGGACGAGACACCUAUUUGCGAGAAAGGGAUAAUCGGCGCGAUCCGCGAAUAUAGCGAAAGCGAAAACCAGAAAAAUUCCCGACAGAAAAACUAA